AUGGUGCCAGUUUUGGGUAUGAAGUUUUCUAACCCAUUAGAACUGAAGUUGUGUAUCACCAACUAUGCAAACAAAAAUGGAUAUGAUUUAUGGUAUGAGAAAAGUGAUCAUGAAAGGUUAUUGAGAUUACUUGAGGUUGUGAAGGAAAAUGUUCCAGCAGCAGAGCAUAGGCAAUGUGCUAGGCACAUAUGUGCUAACUUCAUGAAAAGGUUUAAGGGCCAACGGUUUAGAAAACUUUUCUGGUAUGUUGCUGCAUCUACCACCCCUGCAAAAUUUGAGCACCAUAUGAAUGAAAUCAAGAAAUUAGAACCACUAGCUUAUGACCAUUUGAUGGAAAAGGGCCCUAAAACUUGGAGUAAAGCAUUUUUCAGACUGAUAGGGCUUGUGUUGCAUAUGAAAAUGGAUUUAACCAUAUGUCCUACUAUUAGGCUGAAGUUGUCCAAGCUUAAGGAUCUUCAAAGAUUUUGGAAAGUUAUACCAUCUGGUUAUCAACAAUAUGAAGUCAAAAUUAGGUAUGAUGCAUAUGUUGCGGAUAUUGGUAGGAGGACAUGUUCCUACAAAACUUGGCAGUUAACAUGUUACCCUUGUGUGCAUGGGUAUACCAUUAACCCACUCAAUGGUAGUUACAUGUGGCCUCAUGUAGACUACAUCAACCUACUGCCCCCCAAAAGGAGAAGGCUACCAGGAAUACCAUCAACAAAAAGGAAAAGGGAUCAGAUUGAGAGGGAAAACCAUGGAAAAAAGCAUACAAUCAUAAAAAGAGUGAAGGUUGCAUUGGCACAUGAAUUUGACAUUGACAGUGACAGUGAACUUGAAAUAGAACCUGAAAGUGAAGUGGACUCUUUUGAUGUUGAAUUUGAAGAUGAUGUGCAACCUGAAGUGCAUCAUGAAGUUCAAGAUAGAGUACAACCUGAAGUUCAAGAUCAAGUGCAAGCUGAAGUACAACAUGAGGUUCAACCUCAAGUUCACCCUGAAGUUCAAGUUCAAGAUGCUAACCAAGUUGAAGUUCACCCUGAAGUUCAACCUAAAGUGCAAGUUAAAGUUAAAGAUGCUAACCAAAUUGUAGUUCAAGAUCAAGUGGAAAUACCAGCUUUUCAAGUUGUAGUGGGACAGAGGGCAAGGAAACCUUCAAAAAGAAUUACAAAACUUAAGAUAAGAAAGACGUGGGAGGGAAAACAGGGAAGCAGUGAUGACAAUCCCUAUGAGUUGGAUUAA